AGAGUAUAAAAGGCUCUGGAGCCGAGGGUUCUGCACUCAGCUCAGCUAGCUUCUCUUCUCUUGCUUAUCCCUCUUGGUGAUCCAGCUCUUCAUCCCCUGCUACUGAAAAGAUGUCUUACCAGAAGACCCAGCCCACACCCCAGCCCCCAGUGGGCUGUCUCAAGACCUCCGGUGGUGGCGGCGGCGGCGGCGGUUCAGGUGGCGGCGGAUCCGGCUGUGGUGGAGGUAGCGGCGGUGGUGGCAGCGGCGGCUACUGCUACACCAGCGGUGGCGGCGGCGGCGGAUCCGGCUGCGGUGGAGGUAGCGGCGGUGGUGGCAGCGGCGGCUACUGCUACACCAGCGGUGAGAGCGGCGGCGGCGGCGGUUCCAGCUGCGGUGGUGGCUCCGGCGGUGGCGGUGGCUCCGGCGGUGGCUCCUCCUACUAUCCCAGCCAACAGAAGAGCUCCGGAAGCAGCGGCGGCGGCGGCGGCGGCUCGGGCUGCGGUGGAGGUAGCGGCGGUGGUAGCAGCGGCGGCUACUGCUACACCAGCGGUGGCAGCGGCGGCGGCGGCGGCUCCAGCUGCGGUGGUGGCUCCGGCGGUGGCUCCGGCGGUGGCUCCUCCUACUAUCCCAGCCAACAGAAGAGCUCCGGAAGCAGCGGCGGCGGCGGCGGCGGCUCCGGCUGCGGUGGAGGUAGCGGCGGUGGUAGCAGCGGCGGCUAUUGCUACACCAGCGGCGGCAGCUCAGGCUGCGGCGGAGGCUCCUCCGGAGGCUCCUCCGGAGGCAGCGGGGGUGGCUACGUCUGCGGGGGCGGCUCUAGUGGCGGCUCCAGCUGCGGAGGCGGCUCUGGCGGCGGUUACUACUCUGGCGGCGGCGGCGGCUCCGGCGGCGGCUACUCUUCUCAGCAGUGCGUCCAAACUUCUUCCCAGCAGAGCAGCGGAGGGGGAUCAUACGGGGGCAGCAGCUGCGGCGGCGGCGGCGGCGGCGGCGGCGGCGGCUCCUCCGGAUGCGGCGGGGGCUCCUCCGGGGGCAGUGGGGGUGGCUACGUCUGCGGGGGCGGCUCUAGCGGCGGCUCCAGUUGCGGAGGCGGCUCUGGCGGCUACUACUCUGGCGGCGGCGGCGGCUCCGGCGGCUCCGGCGGCUCCGGCGGCGGCUACUCUUCUCAGCACGGAGGGGGAUCAUACGGGGGCAGCAGCUGCGGCGGCGGCGGCGGCUCCGGCGGUGGCUCCGGCGGUGGUGGCUGCUACCCCAGCGGCGGCUCCUCCGGCUGCGGCGGCGGCUCCGGCGGUGGCUCCAGCGGUGGUGGCUGCUACGUCGGCGGCGGAGGCGGCGGCUCCUCCGGCUGUGGCGGUGGCUCCAGCGGUGGUGGCUACUACGGAGGCGGAGGCUCCUCUGGCUGCGGGGGUGGCUCCGGGGGGAGCGGCGGAGGCUCCGGUGGUGGCAAGGGAGUGCCCGUGGCCCACCAGACCCAGCAGAAGCAGGCACCUUGCUGGCCACCCAAGUAAACCAUCCUGCCCAGCACCCGGAGGAAUGAGCAAAAAGUUUGUUCCUGCUGUAGCCUAAAGGUUUACAAUUCUCAUGAUAUUGCCUUAAGUUUUACCAAAUGCCUUCAAUUCUUCCUCAGCCUCUACAAUGAAAGGUUCUCCUUUCAGCUGCCCCUGUGUCUUGUUCGCCGGAAUAUUUCACGCGACUGGGAAAUGUCAUCAUCCCACCUAAAGACCCCUCAACCUCUUCACGCUAAUUCUGUAAGCUAAUAAACUUG